GUACGAGGAUGAAUAUGGCAAGAACCGGAGCUAUGAAAUUAGCGCGGCUACGAGAGCUAAUGGCUGCAGUGGAACUGGAAGGAGCAGCAAAGAAAGGAAUCCAGGCGCUAAUAGUUGGCUCUGAAGACGCUCACCUUUCAGAAUACAUAACUGAUCAUGACAAGCGCCGUCAAUUUAUUUCCGGGUUCCAAGGAUCCUUGGGAACAGCAAUAAUAACUGAAAAUGAAGCAAUGUUGUGGACAGACGGGCGAUACUACGCUCAGGCACAGGCAGAAUUUGACCCACCUGAUGCUUGGACAUUGAUGAAAGAAGGAACUAUUGGCACACCGACGCAAGAUGAAUGGCUAAUAUCAACUCUUCCGCCUAACUCAACAGUUGGUGCUGAUCCAAAUCUGAUGAGCUAUGCUGUUUGGAUACCACUGUACAAUUCUUUGAGUGCUGCUGGGCACCAUCUACUUCCGCUUGAAGAGAACUUGAUUGAUAAGCUUUGGGGAGACGAGCAGCCUCCAGUAAUCUCUAAUCCAAUUGUCCCGCAAUUGAUAACUUUCACAGGAAAAACAGCUGGAGAAAAAAUAGCCCAGUGUCGAGAGGCCAUGAAGAAAAAUCGUGCUAGUGUUCUUGUAAUUACAACAUUAGACGAAGUCGCUUAUUUGUUGAACUUGCGUGGCUCUGACAUACCUUACAAUCCAGUUUUCUUCGCUUAUGUUUUUAUAACACUGACUGAUAUUCAUAUUUUUGUUGAUAAAUCAAGACUUACCGCGGAAGCUGAGAAACAAUUAAAUGAGGAAGGUGUAGAAGCUAUUUACCAUCCUUACGAAGACGCCAGGUCGUUUUUGAAACAACUUGCGCUGAGUAAUUUAUUCAUUACGGGCAAUGGAGCCGAAAAUGAAAGGAUUUGGAUUAAUAGCAAUGUUAACUAUGCUUUACACACUGAAUGUGGGGAGGUACAGAGGCACGUUGCUGUUACUCCGGUGAGAUUGAUGCAAGUUGUUAAAAAUCAAGUUGAGAUUGAGAAUAUGAAGCAAGCUCAUAUUAGAGAUUCAGCUGCUCUUGUUAAAUAUUUUGCUUGGCUUGAAGAUAAAGUCAAAAGCAAAUGUGAUCCUCCGAUCACUGAAAUAACUGAGCAGAAAAAUUUUGUUGGCCUAAGUUUUCCAACAAUUUCAUCAGUUGGUGCUCACGGUGCUGUUAUUCAUUAUUUGCCAUCAGAAAAAACAGACAUACCUAUCACGGACCAAGAAAUAUAUCUCUGUGAUUCAGGUGCACAGUAUUAUGAUGGUACUACUGAUGUUACAAGAACUUUUCAUUUUGGAACACCUACAAGCUUCCAACGAGAAGCGUUUACUCGAGUAUUCAAAGGACAGACGGCUAUCGCUACGGCAGUAUUUCCUAUGAUGAUUAAGGGAAACUAUUUAGAUAUUUUAGCGCGUAAAAGUCUGUGGGAUGUUGGGCUUCACUACUUGCAUGGCAGUGGUCAUGGAGUAGGAGCUUAUCUCAACGUUCAUGAAGGUCCCACUGCUAUUUCAUGGCGUCCUUACCCAGAUGAUCCAGGAUUACAACCAGGAAUAUUUUUAUCUAAUGAACCUGGAUUUUAUGAAGACGGAAGUUUUGGAAUACGCCUUGAAAAUGUUCAGUUUGUCAUAAAAGCCAAAACUCCUUACAACCAUAGAAAUUUAGAUUUCUUAACUUUUGAAACAGUAACAUAUGUUCCAAUCCAAACUUCUCUUCUUGAUGUUGACUUACUUACCGAUCAAGAGAUUGAAUAUUUAAAUUCUUAUCAUGCCAAGUGUUUAGAAAUACUUCGACCUUUCCUUCAAGGUGAAGAUGACAUUCAAGCACGUCAGUGGCUUGAAAAAGAAACACAACCAAUAUCUAGA